AUAAAUUUGCUGCAGGUGUAUUACGUAUUUAUUUCCAUGAUACAUGCCAAUUUGAUGGAUGUCCUUUUGUGUUCCUGGCUGAUUUUUGCAUGCGAGCAAUUAAUGCAUUUGAAGGAAAUUUUAAAACCCCUCAUGGAAUUGUCUGCAACGUUAGACACAUACGUCCCCAAAACGGCUGACCUAUUUAGAGCCCCCGGUCCCAAUUGUAUCUCUCGCUCGAUUUCGUCAGUAAAUCAAUACAACGACUUACUCAAUAGACUAGGAUGAUCCCUGACAGAACGUCUACAUUUACUCAUAAAUAACCAGGAAUUCAAUGUCCACUAUCGCAGUGGGGCAUUGCAAACGUUUGCAUCUGGUGGUGGGGGUAUCGGACCCAAUGGUCUUACUAAGAGGCAGGAGCAAAUGGUCAGAUCUGCUAUUAAAUAUUGGGUCGAAAGGCAUAAGCAUGUCGUAAGACUAGUCACCGCAAUCGGGGACAGUUAUGGGGUAGCUUUACUAUUGCAUAUGUUAACAUCUACAGUAAUGCUAACUCUUCUUGCGUAUCAGGCCACAAAGAUUACUGGCGUUACCCCGUAUGCAGCGUCUGUACUGGGUUACCUGGUCUAUGCCUUAGCUCAAGUGUUUCAUUUCUGUAUUUUUGGUAACAGGCUAAUCGAGGAGAGCUCUUCAGUGAUGGAGGCAGCAUACAGCUGCCAUUGGUACGACGGUUCCGAAGAGGCAAAAACUUUUGUGCAAAUUGUUUGUCAACAAUGUCAAAAAGCCAUGUCCAUAUCGGGGGCUAAAUUUUUUACCAUAUCUCUCGACUUAUUUGCCUCAGUUUUGGGGGCAACUGUUACAUACUUUAUGGUCUUAAUACAACUGAAAUAGUUUUUUAUUACGUUUCCACAUAUUUUUUUCUUUGCU